UCUGUCGGUCUAAGCAGCAUCUGAACAGCCAAACAUGGCUCAGUCCACUUACAGCAGAGUUUCCCAUUUCCUGAGACUAUCCGUGAAUAAACCUUCAGUUUUACGAACAGGGACAGAGAUGGGACACGCGCCUGCGUGUUGUUUGCAGUUCACGCGCUGCCAGAGGUCGGUGGACAGUAAGGCGUUACAGGAGAGGCAGAAGCAGCAGAUGGCCCGAGGUCUUCCCAAGCAGAAGCCCAUCACAGGGGUCAAACAGGUCAUCGUGGUGGCUUCAGGAAAAGGUGGAGUGGGCAAGUCCACCACUGCAGUGAAUUUGGCUCUUGGAUUAAUGGCCAACAAUCCAUCUAAGUCAGUCGGUCUGUUGGACGCCGAUGUCUACGGCCCGUCGAUCCCCAAACUGAUGAACCUGAAGGGAAACCCGGAGCUCAGUGACAACAACCUGAUGAUCCCACUUACCAACUACGGGAUUCCUUGCAUGUCGAUGGGUUUCCUGGUGGAGGAUGUGGCUCCGAUCGUGUGGCGGGGGCUGAUGGUGAUGUCAGCGAUAGAGAAGCUGCUCAGACAGGUGGACUGGGGCUCGUUGGACUACCUGGUAGUCGACAUGCCUCCUGGGACAGGAGACGUCCAGCUGUCAAUCACCCAGAACAUCCCGGUAGCAGGUGCCGUGAUUGUGUCGACGCCGCAGGACAUCGCUCUGCUGGACGCUCGCCGAGGAGCCGAGAUGUUCAAAAAAGUCCAUGUGCCGGUUCUCGGUCUGGUCCAGAACAUGAGCGUCUUCCAGUGUCCCAACUGUCACCACCAGACUCACAUUUUUGGCUCUGACGGGGCCCGACAGCUCGCUGACACUCUGGGAGUCAACUUCUUAGGUGACGUUCCUCUUCACCUGAACAUCAGAGAGAUGUCAGACAGAGGACGGCCAGUGGUCGUCUCCUCUCCAGACAGCCCAGAGGCGGAGGCGUACAGGAAGGUGGCGUCUGCUGUGGUCGAGAGACUACACGAGGUCCACACUUGACGACAGGACUUGAACUGUGAACACACAUGAAGAGGCUCCAUGAUACGUGCACAAACAAACACAUGUAAACACACUGUCUGAUUCUUUAGCUCUGAGAUAUUUAAUAAAACUAGAAUUAACUGAA